AAAACAGCGAGGAGCCAGGAAGCAGCGUGGCUGUGCGGGGAGCGACCCGUUUGCUGGCGUGACAGUCCCGUCCUCCGCCCCGACAUCAGCCUUGCAGAAAUAGGAAGGCGCUGAAGCUACCGGAGGGCUGCCCCGAGGAAAGGGUGCGGCAAGGAGGAAGAGGAAGAAGAAGAGAGCUGCCCAAGGGACUCCACGUGUCGCAGGAGGCUGCCCAGGGUGCCAUUUCUUCACAUUGGAAUCCUUGUAAAGUGUGGUGUGGAGUAAAAGAAAACAUGGCCAAGGUGGUGAAAAUGUUUCAAACCCUUAGAAAUCACUGGAAGAAGACUACUGUUGGGAUCGGCCUUCUCACCUGGGGAGGAAACUGGCUUUAUGGAAAGCACUGCGAUAACCUGCUAAGGAGAGCUGCAUGCCAAGAAGCCCAGGUGUUCGGCAACCAGAUUAUUCUUCCAAAUGAGGAGAUAAAGAAAGCAACGGUGUUUCUCAACCCCGCAGCUUGUAAAGGUAAAGCCAGAAGCCUUUUUGAAAAAAAUGCUGCCCCGAUUCUACACCUGUCUGGGUUGGAUGUGACUAUUGUCAAGACAGAUUAUGAAGGGCAAGCCAAGAAACUGCUGGAGCUGAUGGAAAACACAGACAUGAUCAUCAUUGCAGGAGGGGAUGGGACUCUGCAGGAGGUAAUAACUGGACUUCUCCGAAGGGCAGAUGAGAAGGCUUUCAGUAAGAUUCCAAUAGGAUUCAUUCCCCUUGGGAAGACCAGCACCUUAAGUCACACCCUUUACCCUGAGAGUGAAAACCAAGUCCAACACAUCACUGAUGCCACACUGUCAAUUUUGAGAGGAGAGACGAUUCCAGUCGAUGUACUACAAAUCAAGGGAAACAAAGACCAGCCUGUGUUUGCUGUAACGGGACUGAGAUGGGGCUCUUACAGAGAUGCAGGGGUGAAAGUCAGCAAGUAUUGGUACCUUGGACCUCUGAAAACUAAAGCAGCCCACUUUUUCAACACGUUACAGGGGUGGCCUCUGAAGCAUCCAGCCUCCCUCACCUAUUUGGGCCCAACUCCACGGCCUCCAGAGGAGCCAGAGCAGAAGACUGGGAGACCACCUUUAUAUAUCAGACUUUACAAGAGGCUUGCUCAAUACUGGGCACCAGCUCCAAAAGAAAUACCCAAGGAGGUGACCCCCGAGGCCUGGCAAGAAACAGAGGUGUCUGCCAUUGAAUUGUCCAUCACCACUCAAAACAGACACCUUGACUUGAAACGCACUGAAGACUUCAUGAAUAUUUGCAUUGAACCAGAUACAAUCAGUAAGGGAGACUACAUAAAAAGAGGAAGCCAAAAAAUGCAGGACCCUCACUUAUGUCCAGAAGGAAGCGAGUGUCUUCAGGCCAGCAGGUGUAUCUUACAGCUUUCAGAGGAUACGGAAGGCUCCUUGUCUAUAGAUAAUGAGGAGUACGAAGUGAUGCCUGUGGAAGUGAGGCUGUUACCCAGGAAGCUCCAGUUCUUCUGUGACUCCAGGAAAAAAGAACAAAUGCUUCAAGAUGCAUCAUAGCCAAAGCAGAUGUCAGUUGUUAUCACAAGUGAUUUAAAAAAAAUGGAAGUACUCACAACAACGCUAAGAAAAGCUCUUUCUGAAGCGAUGAAAGCAGCUGAAGUCUGAUUGUGCGUAACAAGUUAUCAGGCUUCUAGGUUGUCUUAUGGAAAAUGAUAAAAGGUAGAGAGUUCAGAGAGGACCCCAAUGGAACGCAAGGCAAAUGCAUAAACGUUUCUUGAAGAAUGGCUGUCCAGUACUGUGCAAGUGAGGGAUGUUUUCAGUGAAAGUGCUAGUUGGACUUGUCAUUGUCACAAAAUACGUUUCUUUUGCUAUUAAGACAUUUGGAAUAAAUACACCCCGGUCUGUAUGACAUUCUGGAAUCUGCACAGGUUCUUGAUAUUACAUAGCAUUGAGGCAUAGUCUUGUGUAGACAGAGUGAAAUACAAAGCUCUGUUAUUGUGAUAGACAGGCAGUUUGUCUAGCCUGCUGUUGCCUACUGUGCCUGGCUGUGCAGAUACAGAUGUCAUGCUCCUGGAAUGCUCAAUAAUGAAA